AUGAAGCCCAGCGCCCCCAGCACACUCCUUCAGUGGGUGAAGCCCAGCGCCUCCACCACACUCCUUCAGUGGGUGAAACCCAGCGCUUCCAGCACACUUCUUCAGUGGGUGAAGCCCAGCGCUCCCAACACACUCCCUGCUACUUCAGUGGGUGAAGCCCAGCGCCCGCAACACACUCCUUCAGUGGGUGUAGCCCAGCGCCCCCAACACACUCCCUCAGUGGGUGAAGCCCAGCGCCCCCAACACACUCCUUCAGUGGAUGAAGCCCAGCGCCUUCAGCACACUCCUUCAGUGUGUGAAGCCCAGCGCUCCCAACACACUCCUUCAGUGGGUGAAGCCCAGCGCCUCCAGCACACUUCUUCAGUGGGUGAAGCCCAGAGCCCCCAGCACACUCCUUCAGUGGGUGAAGCCCAGCACCACCAACACAAUCCUUCAGUGGGAGAAGCCCAGCGCCUCCAACGUACUCCCUCAGUGGGUGAAGCCCAGCGCCUCCAACACACUCCCUCAGUGGGUGAAUCUCAGCGCCCCCAGCACACUUCUUCAGUGGAUGAAGCCCAGCACCUCCAACACACUCCCUCAGAGGGUGAAGCCCAGCGCCCUCAACACACUCCCUCAGUGGGUGAAGCCCAGCGCCCUCAACACACUCUCUCAGUGGGUGAAGCCCAGCGCCUCAGCUCUGUUAGGGUGCUGGGAGGCUUCCCUCGGCGGUAA